GAAGUAGGGGGUCAUGGGGAUAACUGAAUGACGAAAAUGAAGCGACCCCAUUAACAAGAUAAAAAACUUCGUGUAAUCGAGCUGACAUUAACUGGAAUUCCGAUUGCUCUGGUGAACGUCUUCGCCAAUUAGUUAAACAUGCCAGUUGUACAUAAUCUACAAAAUCAUUGUGUUGUAACAGCAUGGUGCUGCCAUUGGUGAUAUUUUUAUAGGCUGUAAAAGAUACCAUGGAUCCCAUUCACAGAAGUGAUACCUUCCGAGAUGGCAGUCUUAGAAUUCUCCGCAGUUUCAUAACAUGUGUUAAUCCACAAUCUGUGAUGCUGUAAUGCCUCCCAAUGUCUGAGGCAGUGGCAAAAUUGGAGACACGGCAGGACUCCGGGAACUUGUGUUCUCAAGUUGUGACAGGAGAGGCCCGUUUACGUCAACUUGAAGCACUGUUCCUUGGUGGUCCUGUGCAGGGACAGGGCCAAUGCUUCAGUAUAGAAACUUUGCUGGAUGUACUUCUGGUGCUGUAUGAUGAGUGUUGCAAUUCUUCUCUUAGAAGAGAGAAAACAGUAUCUGAUUUCAUCGAAUUUGUUAAACCUGUCGCAACAAAUUUGAAGGCAUUGCGCCUUUCACGUGAUGAUUUUGAGAUUAUUAAAGUAAUUGGAAGAGGAGCUUUUGGAGAAGUUUGUGUUGUAAAAAUGAAGGGUUCAGAGAAAGUGUUUGCAAUGAAGAUUUUGAAUAAAUGGGAGAUGUUGAAAAGGGCAGAAACAGCCUGCUUCAAAGAAGAAAGGGAUGUUCUGGUGUUUGGAGAUAGAAGAUGGAUCACGAAUCUUCAUUAUGCAUUUCAAGAUGAAUCAAAUUUAUACUUAGUAAUGGAUUAUUACUGUGGUGGUGAUCUGCUCACAUUACUUAGUAAAUUUGAGGACCGUUUGCCUGAAGACAUGGCUAAGUUUUAUAUUGCAGAAAUGGUUCUUGCCAUAGGAUCUAUUCAUGAUCUAAGAUAUGUUCAUCGAGAUAUAAAACCAGAUAAUGUUUUACUUGAUGCUAAUGGACACAUUAGGUUAGCUGAUUUUGGAUCAUGCUUAAAAUUGUUUGAGGAUGGAACAGUACAAAGCAAUGUUGCUGUUGGAACUCCUGAUUAUAUUUCACCAGAAAUUCUUCGGGCUAUGGAAGAUGGACAGGGAAGGUAUGGUCCUGAAUGUGAUUGGUGGUCGCUUGGUGUUUGUAUGUAUGAAAUGUUGUAUGGUGAGACCCCAUUUUAUGCAGAAUCACUUGUGGAGACGUAUGGGAAGAUAAUGAAUCAUAAGAACUGCUUUGACUUCCCAACAGAUAUGGGUCUGGAAGUCUCUGAAGAAGCCAAAGAUCUGAUGAAAAGACUUAUUUGUAGUUCAGAAUUUAGGUUAGGUCAACAUGGAAUUGAAGACUUCAAGAACCAUCCAUGGUUUGAGGGCCUCGACUGGGAAACAAUACGAGACAGUCGUGCACCUUACAUUCCAGAGGUCAGCAGUCCAACUGAUACCUCAAAUUUUGAUGUUGAUGACACUGACAUUCGAACUUCUGAUGCUGUACCUCCUACAUCAAAUGCUGUUUUUUCUGCCCUUCAUUUGCCAUUUGUUGGGUUUACAUUCACCCAGGGCUGCUCAGUUUCUGAUCUGGGUUGUAUACCAGCACAUGGAAUCACACCUUCAGAAAGACUUGAAGUUGAAAAACGAAUCUUAGAUUUGGAAGAAGAAAACUUAAGGCUUACAAAACUUCUGUCUGGCAAUGAGGAGGGAAGGUCAAGUGAUGCAGGAAGUGCAAUGAGGAAACUGCAAGAUGAAAUCAAUAUUUUGACAAAAAGGAACUGUGAGUUGGAAGAUAAAAUGAAAGAUCUUCAACAGAUAACAAAUCAGAGGAAAGACCUUGGCACUGAAAGUGAUCUGCAACAAAAAAUAAAAGACCUUGAAAAGAACGUCAGGAUCCUAAAGCAGGAAAGAGACGAAGCUCAGAAGGAAAACCUUGAUGUCCAAGAGAAAAUUAAACUUCAAGAGAAGGAACUUAAAGAUGCUCUAAGCCAGCGGAAGUUAGCAAUGACAGAAUACACUGAAGUAACAGACAGGCUGUCAGAGCUGAGACAACAGAAGCAGAAACUUUCACGUCAGGUCCGGGAUAAGGAGGAAGAGCUGGAAGUAGCUAUGCAAAAAAUUGAUAGCCUUCGACAUGACAUUCGCAAAGCAGAAAAACUUAGAAGAGAGCUUGAAGCACGUGUAGAUGAAGCUAUGGCAGAGACAGCAAAAGAACGCAAACUAAGGGAAAGAAGCGAAGAAUAUUGUAAACAAAUGGAGGAAGAAAUUGAGAAGUUGCGACAGAGAAGUAUUAUAGUAGGAGCUGAUAUUUCUGUAGCUAGCCAGUCACAUGCAUCACAGGAAAUAGCAAGGUUAAAGUCUGAGGUAGAAAAGCUCCAAGUUCAGUAUAAUGAGAGCUUACAGCAGCAACAAUCAAGAUUUAAUUUGGAGUGCUCAAGCCUGAGAGAUCAAUUACAGGACUCAGAGAACAGGAGAGAGACUCUUGAAAGAGAGGUACAAGCUGUUAAGGAGAAAUUGGAUGCCACGAGACUUGAAGAUUUGACUGACAGUGAGGAGACAAUUGCAGAGCUCAAGAGGCGUCAUGAACGUGAAAGACUGAUGUUAUUGGAAGACAACAAGAAGUUGAUGAUGGACUUGGACACACUAACUGAGAGUGUAAGUCGAAUACAGAAUGAGAGAAGGCAACUUGAAGAAGAAUACGAAGAACUGAGAAGCAAGAAAGAUGCUAUUGCUCAAUGGGAGGCGCAGAUUAGUGAAAUAAUCCAGUGGGUAAGUGAUGAAAAGGACGCAAGGGGCUAUUUACAAGCAUUGGCAACAAAGAUGACUGAGGAGCUUGAGUUCCUCAAACAUGCUGGAGUGUCCAGUGCAGCCACUGCUGAUAAAAACUGGCGCAAUCGGCGAAGUCAAAAACUUGAUAAGAUGGAACUUCUUAAUCUUCAGAGCAGUUUACAAUCUGAAAUUCAGGCCAAACAGGCUAUUAGUGAAGAGUUAACAAAGACUCGGUCUGAGCUCAUUGCAGCUCAAAAGGAGUUGAGAGAUUUGCGUCAGAGGUAUGAUACGUUGUCUCAUGAGGUAAAGAGGAAAGAAAUUCAAAUCAAAGAACUUCAGUCAAGAUUAGAAUCUGGUGAACCAUUUUUGGAUCGUCCUUCAUCUCAGGUAUCAUACUUAGAUCGUUUCCUAAAAGAAACACACCAUGGGGGCUCAGUAGAGAGUGAAGAGGGGGAUGUGGAAGACAACAGAGCCCCUUCAGUAACUAGUAGUAAAUCAAACUUAUCAGAACUCAGUAUAGAUCCAAAUUCAUCUUUAGGACUCGACCUUCAUACAAAGCCAGGACUUCUUGCUCAUCAGUUACCACCCAAACCAAAAUCACAUCAGUUUCUUGUUAGAACAUUUUCUUCGCCUACAAAGUGCAGUCAUUGCACAUCAUUGAUGGUUGGUCUCACCAGGCAGGGUGUUGUGUGUGAAGUUUGUGGCUUUGCAUGCCACAUUGGAUGUUGUGAAAAGGUUCCAGCUAUCUGUCCAGUUCCUUCAGACCAGACAAAAAGACCUCUUGGCAUUGAUCCUACGAGAGGUAUAGGAACAGCCUAUGAAGGGUAUGUUAAAGUUCCCAAAACGGGAGGAGUGAAAAAGGGCUGGAUACGUCAGUUUGUUGUGGUUUGUGAUUUCAAAUUGUUCCUCUAUGACAUAUCACCUGACAGAAAUGCUCUUCCCUCAGUUUAUGUUUCUCAGGUUUUAGAUAUGAGGGAUGAGGAAUUUUCUGUGAGUUCAGUCAGAGAUUCGGAUGUCAUUCAUGCAACGAAGAAAGACAUUCCUUGCAUUUUCAGGAUAACUACAUCACUUAUGGAGCCUCCGGGGUUGAAAAAUCAUACACUAAUGCUGGCAGAUACAGAGAGUGAAAAAACUAAAUGGGUUGUUGCUUUAAGUGAACUUCAUAGAAUACUGAAGCGGAACAAUUUACCCAACAGGACAGUUUUUCGAGCAAAGGAGUUGCUGGAUAAUACACUAGCUUUUAUAAAAAAUGCAAUGUCAGGGGCCAUUAUAGAUCCUGAUCGUCUAGUCAUUGGAACAGAGGAGGGUUUGUUCUGCUUGGAUCUUGAUCGAAGUGAAAUUGCCCGUGUUGGAGAAGGUAAAAAGGUGUAUCAGUUAGAAUAUAUAGUUGAGGAACAAUUGUUAGUUGUUUUAUCUGGGAAACAGAGACAUCUACGCCUGAUUCCAGUGCGGGCACUGGAUGGUGAUGAUGUAGAAUGGAUUAAAGUAGCUGAAACAAAGGGGUGUAUCACCUUUGCAACAGGGGUAAUGAGACGUGCACCUCAACUUGGCUACUGCCUUUGUGUUGCCAUAAAAAGACAGAAUACAUCUCAGCUAAUUAUAUAUGAAGUAACACGUACAAAGACACGGCAUAAACGUCUGAGAGAAAUAAUGUUACCAACUCAAGCACAGACACUCAAUGUUUUUAGUGAAGGCAGGCUCUGUGUUGGAUAUCAGUCUGGGUUUAGCAUAUACAGUAUUACUGGUGAUCAAAAUGCCUUAUCCUUGGUGCAUCCUGACAAUCAGCUACUUGGUUUCUUAGCAUACAGUGCUGUAGAUGCAAUGCGUGCAAUAGAAUUGUCAAGGGGAGAGUUCCUCCUUGUGUUUCAAACAUUAGGGGUGUAUGUUGAUGCACAAGGCAGAAAAUCUCGUGAUCGUGAAAUCAUGUAUCCUGCCAUUCCUACUGCUGUUAGUUAUUGUGAUGGACAUCUCUUGGUGUAUAGUGAAACUCAUGUAGAUGUUUUCAACUGUGCAACUGGAGAAUGGGUACAAACAAUAAAUGUAAAGAAAUCGAGACCACUAAAUGUUACAGGAACCCUUAGUAUUUGUGUUAUAAAUGACAUGCCACACAUAAUCUACCUGAGUAAUGUUCAUCAACGUGAGUUAAUAAAUGUUACUCAGUGUGAUGCUUCUGGCCGCCCAGUUCCAAGACCAAGGCGUAGGUUUUCAUUAAGAGAAGGUCACAGGGCUGCAAGAACGACAGACAGGCGCUCUAAAAUGAUAUCAGCUCCAACAAACUUCAAUCAUAUAAGUCACAUGGGCCCGGGUGAUGGAAUUCAAAUUCAGAGGUUGUUGGACCUACCUACAACGCUGGAAACUGCAGAUCAGACUCUGGCAAGUCCACAGCAACUUCAGGGAAGUCAGCAGAGGCUGUUCCAUUCAGGAGCAAAGCUGGCACAUGCUCCACCCAGACAUCCUUCUCAUUCAGAGCAGCGACGUAUUUCAGGGCACACACAGCGCCCAGCUCAAACAUAUUCAGGUCAUAACGGUUCUACAUCGUCACGUCGUUCAGCUGCUCCACCUAGGCCUGCUGUUACACCACCCUCAUUGCCAAGAUCUCCGGAUGGUCCACCAAUGGAUUCAGAGUCUUCCCUUCUGCAUCAUCAUGCAUCACUGGCAUUGGGUAGCGUACCUUCUCUACAUGAAGUGGGCAAGGACCAGACUGUAAGUGGUGGCAGUCCACGACAUUCAAUAGCUUCCAACAAUAGCAGCAAUCCAAGUACACCACCAAGUCCUGGCCAUGACCACGGGUCUUCGAGCUAUGACAGCUAGUUUAAUUUAUUGGUCUGUACAUAAACUGUUGGGAAACAAUCUCGCAUCAAUGAUAUCUGAUGCUACUAAGCUGUGUGUUAUUUUCAUUAACAUUUUGGCAAAAAGGAUAGGCACACAGAUGGUAUAAUACAGAACGCAUUUGUCAGUACUUGUGUAACGUAAGUAAAACAUAUUAUUUUACAUUUAGUCAUUUACUUUUCCUUCGUAAUAUCACUAAUUUAAUUUUGUUUGUUUUUCUCA